GUGGCAGUGCCAGUUUGACCAGUGGAAAGAGAGCUUGUUGUGCGUGCCCGAUCUCGCGCCCUCUUUUUUUUUUUUUUGGCGGGGGGGGAGAGAGCCACUUACUAGUGCCACUCGGUGGGACGGUGCCAUCUUAACCCCGCGGAUUUUCGCGCCCGAAAAUUAGACCGAUAGUAAUGGUUCUCACGUUGUUUCCUUCCGUCAAAGUUUUCUAUUUGAUAUUUAAAUGGUUCAUGCCUGACCAACCAUUGUGAAGAAAGAAGGAAAUAAUUUUUCUAUCUUGAAACCCAAAAAAAAAAGAAUAAGUUAAUUGACCUACCUACCUUCCUGUGAGCUUGUUGGGUAUUCAACGACGAAAGUGUGACCGAAAGAAAACGUAUAAAUCCGUUCACCGAUCGCGAAUAUCGGUCAGUAUUCGAAGUGAUUCGGUUGGAAACUCACGCAAAACACUGGGGGAAAAAAUCGCCAUGAGUUUUGAGAAAGAUGUCAUGCUCUUACGCAAAUCAAGAAGGUCGUGCGGAGUGUAUUGAGGGAAAAGUGAUCAUGACUUGUCCAAAGCGAACCAACUAAGAAAUAUAUCGUAAGGAAAUAGGCGAGAGGAAGGAUCUAUUCUUUAAUGAAAGUGUUCUUACGAUGACGACUCUGUGAUUAGUUGGAGAUUACCUAAAAGUACCAGAUUUCUAGUUGUGAAUUAACCAGUGGAAUUCGAGUGCAAUGUUUUAACCCAAUACAAAGAGUCGGUUCAUAAACUAGCUCUAAAUACAGUCGGAAUUAUCAUAUAGAUAAUAAAUAUUUACCUAUAUUAUUCAACUGAAACGAACACAAUGGUCGUGACGAGCGAAAACAUCCUUGUGAGUUGGAUGCUGCUAGCCAGCUACCUGGCCUUUGCCACCGCCCACCCAGGAGGACACGGCCUGGAGGCUGGGUCGCAGAAGUGGUGGCACGGCUGGGAAGACACGGGUCAGCCCUCACUGGCAGAGAGCAGAUCAACAUGACUGCCAUCCUAGGUCACACUGUCUCCCUCCCUUGCAGGGUCAUCAAUCUCAGGGACAGAACGGUGUCGUGGAUCAGAUCACGUGACCUGACCGUCUUGGCCGUGGAGAAAACCACAGUAACGACGGAUGCGAGGAUAUCGGUGGUCCACCCAGAGGACACGGAAGACUGGCUCCUGGAGAUUCGCGGAGUGGCCCAGUCAGACGAAGGCACCUUCGAGUGCCAGGUGAACACCCACCCCAAGAUCUCCACCAAGAUACACCUGAAAGUCAUUCCUGAGCGAGGACACGUUUCGAUUCUGGAUAUCCCAGUCUCCGACACAGGAAUCAUAACAGAUACUAAAGGGACCUUCUCUGCUGACGAAGGCAUGGCCCUCAGGGUGCGUGUCAUCGGUCGAAGCUGGGUCCAGAUGCCAGAAGGGGCGACCCUCCACCUCAUCUGCGAAGCCUCUGGGAAGGAGCUUCAAGAUAUUCGACACUACUCUAUCGUCCGCAACGAGCCUCUGAUCUCCUGGACACUGAAUGGGAUGCCAGUGAACGCCCUCUGGUCACGCCCGAAGGUCGACGUGCGCGAAUCGUGGGGAAUAGCGACUGUGGAGUCUGAGAUCGAAGUCCGGAUGCUGGACAAGAGCGACGCCGGGUCCUACGCCUGUAACGUCCCCCAUGUUCCAGCUGACCACGUCACUGUCAGUGUUAUAGAAAACGAUUACUCCGACGGGCACUUCAAGGUAGCUUCUCUGGGGGCAGACGACAGCGCUGAGACGCUUCUGGACGUCCAAGAAGAAGAAGAUUCAAACUUUGUAGCUGUUUCAGCGGGCAAAGCAGCCGUCAUCAGCGGAGCCAUCAUACUGGUCCUCCUGCUGAUCCAAGCUGGUCUUUGCAUUUUUUACAUUAGAAAAGUCUAAAUUAUCUACCUCAGGUGUCUGAAAUGACACUGGAAAUACGUGUAAUGAUUAUUAUUUCUAUUUUGUUGUCGGGCUCUUUUCAAAAAGGGUCCCUUUGUUGACAAAGCGGCGACGGAGUAUAUUAGAGAUUUUCUCGACAGAGAAUGUUUUAGUUUGUCUCUGUCCGUAGUCCGUAUAGUCUUUGUUGUAGGUCAGGGGAUUAGGACUUGUCGUAAUUUGGUCGUAGCGUCAUACGUUGUUUCGUGUUGGGGAUCAGUUACGUCUUGAUUUUUGGCAGCCCCUGAGGUCAUACUUUUAUACCUGCAGGGGAUUUUGACGAGUUUAUAUGUGCAUAUACAUAUGAAUCACUUGCACAGUUGCACUGUGCAGGCAUAAAACGAAUAACAGGACCUCAGUUUAACAGGAUGACAUCUAAUGGGGAUUUUGCUCUCAGCACGACUACUGACCGAUGGGGACAGUUAGUCCUUUGAAGACUCCUAACUUUUGGGAGUCAAGUCUCUGUUAGAUACCACCCCGUUCAAAUGAGCGCUUGUUAUCCUUUAUAUAUAAAUAUAUAUAUACGCAAAACUCUUUUUUUCUUGUCGCCUGAGUACUUCAUAAGUUUUUGACAGGGCUGGAGGGGGCUUCUCAACUUUGGAAUCUUAAACUUUCCUCGCCAGAGGAAAGUCCUGUUCAAAAAAGGGGCUCUUGGGAUCAUUUUGGAAUAAUCGCCAGGCUGAAAUCGCGCCCUUGAUUGGCUGGUUGGUGCCUGAUUUUUUUUUAGAGCCUCUUCCUGAUUGGCUGACUAAAGUCCACUUCUCCCUGAUUGGUUGGUCGAAGUUACUGUAGUAGCCGAGUUCAGACUGGUUGGUUGAAAGCCUGUUCCUGAUUGGCUGGCUGACUAAAGUCCAGUUCUCGACCGACGAAGAUAAUACCUCUCACCUGAUUGGUUGGUCCUCCGGAGUUACUGUAGCCGAGUUACAGAGACUGCAGCUAGACUUAUUAUGUUCGCCAUAGGUGAAAUAUCGUACCAACCAACUUUUUUAUUUUUUAAUUUGUGAUGUAUUUGUUGCAACAGCAAGUUGAAAGAUGUUUACAGAGAGUUCUUUAUUUUUUAAUUUUUCGUUCACCCAUGGUUUAGAGAUGGUCUUGAUUAAGAGUAGCGCUCGCAAGCUGUAUAACUGGAUAGAUUAGAGAAUUGGUGUAUUUCUUCACUAAUUGUUUUUAUUUUGAUAUUACUUGGAUGGCCACGACGGCGUUCUUGGUCGAAAUUUUUUGGUUUUAAUUUUUCAGUUUCUACAUAUUUGGUAAAAGAGAGAAUUGCCGAUAUUCUUCUCGAAUGGUGUCUUACCUUGUCAUAUAUAUAUAUAUAUAUAUA